GAAAAUACUACCAAUUAUAAUAGUACCAACCCGUUGAACAGCCGAAGAUUUGUCGUCGUCCUAAAUAAAAUAUAUUAAAACUUUAUCUUCAAAGCAAACCAAAUACUUGUUAACUUCCUACAACAAGUUCACCGCUACUACUACACUAGAAGUGUUGCGAAGAUCAUGAAAUAUACCAGAUGUAACUUGAAUAAACUGAUGUGAUGAAUAUCUGAAAAUGCCGUCCAUAAACCAUCAUCCGAUAUUGCAGAACAAACAAUGUGGUUGGAACUCUUAAAGAGAGAAACAACAAAAUUUUAUUUUGAUUGCUGUUAUUUCAUCUGUUACCUUCGCUUUAAACUAGUUUAAGUUCAAUAAUAACUACGCGAUAUACUAAUAAAAAUACGGAUAUUUACAUUGUAAAAGGACUUCAGUUUAUAUUUCUGAUUAAAUUUAAAAUUAAUGGUAGUUUAUAGAAUUAAACAUGUUCGCCUCUGCACAAGCGAAUUCAAAAUGUUGUGUUAAAAUUUACUCUUGUACCUCUAAGACAUAAUAAGGCUGAGCGUAUACUACUAAAAUUUAAUCGUGUCCGUGUCCAGUUCAUUGUAGAAGAGUAAUUCUCGGUUACCUUGGCUUCUAGUUGUAAGAAAUGCGAUGGAUUUUCUUGAAGAUGACAACUUUCUUCAUUCACUACAACAGAAGAAGUUUUCCUUUUUAGUACAUCAACUUUGCAUGGAGGCUCUGGCAACGCAAACAAGCUGUUACAUCGAAGAAGAAUAGCGUCUUCACCUGUUUUCCCAAGUUUCCAAAAAUGGAGUGCAUUUGUCUUUUGAUACAUCAAUAUCUGGGCUUGACUUGCAAGAUGGAUUUCUGGAGUCUAGCGAAAUUGGAAAGAAACUGCUGUAGAGUUUCAAUUUUAUCUUGUAAGAUAGGGAAGUGGAAAACUUAAUGCAGAAAAAAGAUAAUCAGACAAGUCUGGGUUCAUAUCAAAUAGUGCUAAAUAGCUGUAAGAUUCUACCAGUGGAUAUGCUGGAAUUUUCCUGAGAUCUGAACAGCCAUAUUUUGCUGUGGAGUAAACCAUGAUAUUUGUAUCAACACCUGAAAGAAAACAGAUGAUUACAAAACGACAGAGCAAUAAGAAUUAAGGUAACAUAUUAUAUUUUUAAUAUUUCUGAUAGACAACGAAGUGUAAUGACCUCCUGAAACCAGCGCUGAUUUUUCAUCUUUCUCUAUCAUGGCCAAUGCUCUUAUGUCGUGAGUGUGAGCUCUUGUUGAAUUUGAUCUACUCCACGUUUUGCUUCCGUCCUAGAAAUGAGUAUAAUUGGAAAUGAAUUGGCAUCAUUCGUAAUGUACUAUAAUGUCAUUGCAAUAAUUAUACAUAUUGUCAUUUUUGUAAGUGAUGUAAAGAAUGUGAAAAUUUACCUUGUCGGUGAUAAGUUUAAACUGCACUAACUUAUUGUCUACUCCAGAGGCAUAGACUGUAUCUUCCUUCUAUAAAAGAUUAUCAUGAUGCAUGGUUAAGCAAAACAUUCUAUACAGUAGAAUUUUGCUAAUUGCAACAAUCAUACCUGGUUAACACAGACAGCCAGGACAUCUGCAAUGUGGACAUUGAAACUCUGCAAGAAUAUUAGCAAUCCGAAUCAUGGCUGACAAUUGGAACUGGAAUAAAUUGAUUGGGUGAAAAACAAAUCAUCAUUUCAAUACAAUCUUCACUAUACCUUGAUCAGUGUUCCAAGUUUGCCAUCCCAAAAUUGUGUCUUUCCCAAUGAAUCACCACUGAUGAUUGUGAAAUCACUGAAAUUAUAACAACAUCAUGUAACAUCUGGUGGUCAAUUAUGAUGUUGAGUUAAUGUGUUUUUUUUUCUUGCUGACGUUUCUCCAUGCCAGGCAAGCUGUAAAAGUUGCUUGACUGUGGUUGGAAUUGAACCUGCACGUCCAAUGCUCUACCAAGUUGGUGAAAAAACAUCAUGACAUAGUAAGGGUUUAAUGUAGUUUAAUAAUAGUUUUGACCUUCCAGUUCAAUUCUAUCUAGAUGUCUAUUUACCUUGUGACUACCAAAGACCAAACAAGCGUGUUUCUUUGAUUGAAAUUAUCCAACGUGAUUCGAAGCCUUGCAUGACCUACAGGGAGUAAACCACAUUUCUCAAUGGAUAAGUAUCUAGUGAGAUAGCUGUGCAUUGAUAGGGAUACAACUACCUGAAAAAUACAAGGAGAACUCCGACAUUUUGAGCAAAAGCCCUUUGUCGGGAAGUUAGUCCCUACCAAUCCUCAACUUUGUUAUUAUUGGGACUACGUACACUGGUACAGACUUUUCAAAAUAAUAAUUUGCUUCUCGAUUUUUACCUGUGGAAACUUCGUACACUCUGAUUGUUGCAUCUGAUCCUCCUGCGACUAAAACUUGACCAUCUUUGUGCCAGCAAAGAGACAGAAUUCGACCUACAUGGUAUACCAGUCUUUCAAAUUAGGAGGGUGCUCAUUUUCUAAGGGUGGGUUGGGGGAAGGGGUGUUUUACUUUUUUAAUGGGGAGGGGGAGUUUUUUUUAAUGGGAGGGGGAAGUUUUACUUUUUUAAUUAGGGAGGGGGGGGGUGAGUUUUAUGUUUUUAAUGGGGAGGGGGGAGUUUUACUUUUUUAAUGAGGGGGUGAGUUUUAUGUUUUUAAUAGGGAGGGGGAUGAUUUACUUUUUUAAUGAAGGGGGAAGUUUUAUGUUUUUAUUGGGAGGGGGGAAGUUUUAUGUUUUUUUUUAAUGGGGAGGGGGGAGUUUUAUUUUUUUAAUGGGGGGGGGGGUAAAUUUUGUGUUUUUAAUGGGGAUGUGGAAGUUUGAACUUUUUUUAAUGAGGUGAGUCCCGAUGAAUUUACCUUCCUGUUUGCUGAAAACACGAGCAUAUUCAAUGUCUCCAGAUGUGAUAUCAAACAAACGUACACAGCCAUCCUCACAACCAGCCUAAUAGAAAAUAAAAUGAUGAAAUUUUGAGUGUCAAGUUUACUACAUAUACCAUUGUUAUUCCCUGGGUUUGUGUGGCACAUAGCGAGUCGAUAAACUACGAGAACAAGGGUGGUUCACAGUAUAUGCAAAAGAUAACUUGUGAGUAAUCUAAUUCCCACCACAACAUACCGCCAUUAAUGUUUGUUCAUGAUUAACAGCAAGGCUCCACACUGCUCCACCAUAGGAAUCAACACAUGUCUACAGUAGCAAGCAGGUUGUUUUAGAUAAAAUAAAAUGUCAGGUGCACAUUUCACUUGAUUAGACGCGGGCAACGCACCUUCACGUUAAGUUUAUUGAGAUCCCAUUCUGUGAUUUCCCCAUGAAGACCAGAUGAAAAUAGACGAGAGCCCGACCAAACAAGAGCUUCCACAGACGUCUCUUUACAUCCACAUAUUUUCUAGUAGGGAGUUAGAAUUAGAAAAGUGAUGGAAUGGGUCAUUCCACACUACGCCCAUGGAGGAAAUUUCUGCCAUCCGGAUUGCAAGAGGAAAAACAUUUGUUUGUGAUAAUAGUAAGUGUAUUAGGACAUCUAAAAAGGGGGGGGAGGGGGGUUAAUUACAAUUUCCUCUGUGGGGAAGGUUCAGAUGUUUUCUGGUAUGACCCAAUGGGGAGAAUUGGGUCAACACAAACUGAAAAUCCCCCACCUCUCAAAUCACUCUAUUUUGAGUUCUUCAUCCCAACUUAAACACUUUAAUACCCUAACCAAAUUCUAACCCUAUCCUGAAUCGGCUGAAUGGUUGACAUAAACUGAAAAUUCAUUACCCUUUCCAAAUACCAGUUAUCUUCAAUACUCCAUAUCUCAAUGCUGCUGUCCGCUCUGAAAGAUAAAACACUCAUUUUCUUUACCACAAUAAUAAAUGAUAAACCAUAUAAAUAACCAUAAACACGUGCAAUUGGAAGCUUCGAUAAAAUACCUUGAAACGGCAAUUCUUGGCCGUUUUCUUCCUUCAACAGCUAAACAAUGUAUAGCUUGAGGUGUAUAUGGAACAAAUCGUACUCUAUGUACUUUAUAAUUCACCAUGAUCAAACAAUUAUCAUUUGAAUUUUCGUAAAUAUCUUCUUCGACUAUUGAUCGACGCCAUGUUUGUACGCAAAUGUGCCUACUUUUUUACGCAACAUUAGCCUGCAUCAACAAGACUGCCCGAAUCUGCCCUGCACGUGUCGUGUGUUUAUAUGAAAAUUUUGUAUGUUUCUUGAAUUUUACAUUCUUUGAUUUUAGAGAAUUGAUUAUUUAUGGUUUACUAGUUCAGAUUUCUUUUUUGUGAAGUAGACAAACAAAAUAUGGCACGGAAAAAGGUAUUAUAAUGUGUUUUUACAGAAAUAUUUGUAAAAUUCUAAAUGAUUUUCUGUAUUUCACUAUUUGAUACCAUAAAUAUAUAAUAUGUUCUAGAGUAAUUUGGAAAUACCGUUAUUUUCAUCUAGGAAUGACCAGUUGCAGAUAAAAAUAUCUAAUGUUUAUUAUCAUAUAAAACUUCCAUGUUUGUCGGGAGCAUAAAUUUCAUUGACAGACGUCGCUAAUUGAAACAUUCAAAUGCUUGUUACAAAGAUCGAAGUUUCACAUGAGAAAUAAUUACUACAAAUUGCAAUGCUAUCCUACCUCGCAGGGGCAUAGGAAGCGAGGGGCAGGCAGGGGCCCAGUGUUAAACAGGGAGUACAGGACAGAAUUUUGGUUUUGUCCCCCCUCCCCCCAAAUAAAAUGUUGAUAAUCAUUUACUUGGGUUGCCACCGUUAAUUCCUCCCUCUGUUAGACAGAGGUAGGGCGCAUUAGGGAGCAUGCAACUUAAUGGGCUAAGUGAUAAUGUGAGAAUAGACAAUGUUUUUAUCUGAUGCAAACAACCAUAUUACUUUAAGGCAGGGGAAACUGCAUCUAAACCAUAUCGAGGACCAAAAAAAAAGAAAAGUCAUUUUGCUGGCAAAAGAAAACCUCGAGAAUCUUACGAUGACAUUGUGAAGGAAAAUGAAUUGUUUGAAAAAUAUUAUAAAGCAAGUAUUGUUGAUAUUUAGUUGUUUCUAUUGUGUUGAUAUUUAUAGUAAUUAGAUUUCUUUCCUUGCUUAUAUUAGGCUCAAAAUAUACUUGCUGAAGAAGAAUGGGAGAAUUUUAUGACGAGCAUAAGGACAGGAUUGCCGUCAACGUUCAGGAUUACAGGAAUACGAGGGUAAGAUGAACCACAUUGUUGUUUAGAUCAUUCAGUCAAAUAAGUUUCAUAAUGCUGAUUUCUAGCCAUGCAGAGGAACUCAUGAAAUACUUGAAGAAACAUUAUGUUGAGAAGUUGAAUGAUGUUAAAGAAGAGUUUGGUGAGGAACUGGACUGUGUUGGGAAACCAUUACCAUGGUAAGAGAUAGUGGUUGAAAUUUAUCAUGAGGUGAUGAGUGGUUAUAAGCAUUAUCCUGCUGGAGAUUAUCAAUGAUGAGAAAUUGAUGUUCUCUUUAUUGUAUGUUUCAUACAGUAGUAGUCUUGUAAAAAUAAAUCAAAUCAAGAGACAUAGUUCAAUUACUACAUUCUCCACCAUCUGCUGCCAUCAAUCAUUAAAUCAUUAUUUACUCCAGGUAUCCUGAUGAAUUGGCCUGGCAAAUCAAUUUAACUCGACGCUUUAUAAGACGCUCUGGCAUGGUGUCAGAUUUUCAUAAAUUUCUGAUUCACGAAUCUGAAAUGGUAUGUAACUUAAAACCAGCAGGUUAUUUAAUAACUUAAUACUUUGGCCCAUUGAGCACCACACUCUCCCCUUGUCAAGUAAAAUCAGCUGGCAUUAUAAGACAGAGUGAACUAAUAAAGUAGGGUGCAAUUCAACUUAAUGGAUUAAAUUUAUAUGUUAUCGUGAAUCAAACUUGGACAAGCACUUCCACAUAUUUUAUAUUCAGGGUAAUCUAAGUCGGCAAGAAGCUGUGAGCAUGAUACCUCCUUUACUUAUUGAUGUUGAACCUCACCAUAAGGUUAGUACAUUCUGGUACAUUUUGGUAUGUUAUGGUGCAUGAAGGUACAUAAGGGUACAUUAUGGUAUGUUAGGGUCAUGGAGGUACAUAAGGGUAUAUUAUGAUAUAAUAGGGUACAUAAGGGUAUAUUACGGUACAUGAAGGUACAUAUGGAUACAUUAUGGUAUAUUAGGGUGCAUGGAGUUAUAUAAGGGUACAUUGUGAUAUAAUACGGUACAUAGGGGUAUAUUAGGGUGCAUGAAGUUACAUAAGGGUAUAUAAUGGUUCAUGGAAGUACAUAAGGGUGCUGUAUAGUACAUUAGGGUGCUUCAUGGUACAUUAUUGGACAUCAUACCACAUUAGGGUCUGAUAGUAACUCUAUUUUCAAAUGACAAAAUCCCGUUUUCAAGUGCAAGGACUCUGUUUCCAAAUGCCACAGCUGGAUUUUGCAGUUCCAGAACACUUUUUCCAAAUGACAUAACUCCGUUUUAAAAUCCCAGAACUACGUUUCCAAAAGCCAGAACACUAUUUUCAAAUGGCAGAUCUUCGUUUUCUAAUACCAGAAGUCCGCUUUCAAAUGACAAAACGCCGUUUUCAAAUCCCAGAACUCAGUUUUCAAAAGUCAGAACUCUAUUUUCAAAUGCCAGAACACCAUAUUCAAAUGCCGGAACUUCGUUUUCAAAUGCAAGAACUCUCUUUUCAAAUGCCAGAACUCGAUUUUGCAAUGCCAGGACUCUGUUUCGAAAUGGUAUAACUCCGUUCUGAAAAGCAAGAAAUCUGUUUUCAAAUGCCAGAAUUCCCAAUUUGCCAGACUGCAUUUCUUUCCAAUGUAGAUAUUAGAUGUAUGUGCUGCACCAGGUUCAAAGACAGCACAAUUGAUUGAGAUGCUUCAUGAGAAAGAAGCCAGCACUCUUCCCAAGGGUUUUGUAAUUGCAAAUGACAUUGAUCCAAAACGUUGCUACAUGUUGGUUCAUCAAAGUCGGAGAAUUCACAGUCCUUGUUGUCUCAUCACAAAUCAUGAUGCUGCUGCGUUUCCUGACAUUAACAUUAAACAGGUAGCCCUUAUAACUUUCCUUUGUUGAUCCAGAGUGGUCAGCGCUUGUAAAGCACAUUCAAGUUAUUCAACAACUUUAAACUGUGGAAGAAAUUGGAACAUAUACAGAAUUACAAAUGUAACUAUACCAUGUUCUUUAUCUUUUCAGAAAGAUUCUGACCAAACUUCGCCAAUGCUGUUUGAUAGAAUAUUAUGUGAUGUUCCUUGCAGGUAAAAAUAGUUUACCAACUGUGAAACAAAGCUAAUGCAAUGAAGUAAACCUUUCAAAUUGUGUGUUUUUUCAGCGGUGAUGGUACGAUGAGAAAGAAUCCACAGAUUUGGAGAAAAUGGAAUCCAGAAAGUGGCAUCAACCUUCAUAAGUACUGUAUAUAGUACUGCUCAGAAUAAUGACUUGAAAAUGUAUCUUGAAUGUGUUCCCUUUGUGUUUGAGAGUGUUUGUUGUUUUCCAUUUGAAUUCCAAAUUAUCUGGAACUACGCAUUUCACCCACAGAUAUAAUAAAUAUAGAAUGCGUACUCUUGUUUUUUCUCAGUAAAAAUGUCGUCUCCACAAAAUGAUUUCACCUACACACUAAGUAAUAAAAUGAAUGGCUUGAGCGUCGACUUGUAGCAAGUCUAGAGAAAACCUGCAGUGUCUGAGAGAGUCAAACUGGAAACAAUGUGUUACAAUCCCGGCAACUCAAGUCAAGCUGCUUCAUCUUUAUUCUCAAUUUCUCCUUAGGACACAGUUGAGAAUUCUCGUGAGAGCAGUCGAGAUGUUGGCUGUUGGAGGCAUGGUGGUUUAUUCCACAUGUUCAAUGAAUCCUGUCGAAGAUGAAGCUGUUGUCUCACAGUUACUGCUCAGAGCUCAAGGUAUCUCGUGACCUCGGAAGUCAGAACUAGUGCCCAGCUUCCAUUUGGUUGUGGCUGUCGCGACCAUAUUAAGGUGGCUGAUGUAGUACAGUGUCUACAUUUCUGCAAUCAGUGAAGACUCGUUCACAUACAGCACACAAAACACAAGUUAGAUCCAGACUAUUUCAUGUCGGUGACCGCGACUAAAUAAAAACAAAUGCGGGAAAAUAUUGCCAUUUAUUAUAUACUGUAGUAAAGAGUGAGAUACUGAAAAAUACGCAGUGAGAUAUUUUCCGUAUCUUCACUAGUGAAGAUAUCGAUAAUGUGACUUUUUCCAAUUUGCUUUUCAGCGUGAAAUUUCACGGUGGCUUGAAGAUAUGAUUUUUAUACCACUCGAAGAUAAAGUUAUAUCUUCGCGCCUCCGUGUAAUAUCCUCUAUAUACUGUACACAACGCUUUAUAUCCCUACGCAAUAUCUUACGUUUUAGGUUCAGUUGAGUUAGUUGAUGUUUCCGACAGAUUGCCAUUGUUAAAAAGAUCGAGUGGCCUUCUUGACUGGAAGGUAUUGUAUAUCUAUUAAGAAUAAUGUUGUAACGAUAGUUGCAAACUAAUGAUAGUCUAACAACUAUCGUUCCUUAAGAUCCAAACAAAAGACGGUCGUCCAGUUCCAAGCUUUGCAGAGUGCAGCUCGUCAGAUCGUACCCAUGGCUUUCUCGAAUCAAUGUGGCCACCAAGUACUGCAGAGAGAGAGAAACAACAUUUAUCCCGCUGGUAGGGUAGUGAUUGGAACACUUGGAACAUCUACCGUUUGUUCUCAUGUCAAACUUCAACGUUUACCAAGAGUAUUUGAGAUUUUAAUCUGAUCAAUCAAUCGAUUUUUGUUACAGUUGGCGACUUUACCCUCAUCAACAAGACACUGGCGGAUUCUUUAUCGCUGUUCUACAGAAGAAAUCCUCGUUACCAUGGAAACCAGGGUAUCGACCACACCCAAAGUUGUUACCAUGGGAAAUUACAAAGAAAGAAAAACAGGUGUGUUAGUGACGUAAUAUACACCGUAGAAUCCCGAAAGCAGCGCUUCUUGCUUUCGGUUUCAUCUGCUGUUUAUUGAUCAAAAUAAUCUUUUUCUCAGAACACGAAGCGUGCUGGAAACCAUUCUACUGGGACAGAAGAUAAAGCGGUUAAAAAUGAAACUGAAACCAGCAAAGGGGAAGAAACGGCACUGAACGAAAACUGUUGUGGUGAGGCGAAGACGUCUGAACUUGGAAACUGCGAGGGAACUUCAAAUGUGGAUAUGGACUCUGGUGAUGAAGAAGAAACAGAGGAGCAAAUACCUCAACCAAUCUCCGAAAAUGAAUGGUAAAGAUUCUUCGAGAUUCUUCGUUUUUGCUGAAUUUUCAUACUGUUACAACCAUAGUUGAAAUACAGCAAUUUCUUUUCCAUUCGUAAUCAACCUAACAUCCCAUCGCCUCAUGUUUGCAGCUCGAGUGUAGCGGGACCACUGACGAAAAGAAGAAGAGUUGACCAAAAAUCAGACAAUAGAGAAAAUCCUUUUGUAUUCGUGGAAAAUACCGACUCGCAUUGGACGACCAUCAGGUAAGCACUCGAUAAUUAAAUGAUAGACACUAAGAUAGCACUAAGAUAUUUAAAUGAAGGACACUCAAACAAUUUAUCAUCAUUUUCAGGAAAUUCUACGAAAUCUCAGAUGAUUUUCCGGAAAAUGUAUUAUUGAUCCGAUCAGCCAGUGAAAGAAAACGUACGAUUUAUUUCGUGUCUACAGGAUUGGCCUCCAUGUUGAGAAAUGUUGACCAGCAGAAAUUUAAUGUAAGUCACAUUUAUUUUUGUCUUCUGAACGUACAGUAAUUUUACUUAUUCUGCAGGUUUGGGGGAUAGCGGAAGUGAAAACCCUGAGUACCAGGUUGAUUCUAGAGAACUCUAUGAGUUCUAAACUGCUCUCUCUAGUUGUCCAUAAAGGCAAUCACUUAUUGGUCCAGUGUUAUUAGAAGAAUACACCAGAGUACCAGGAGAAAAUCUGUGGUGUUUUGUGGAGUAAGGCUGGAAGUAAUCGAAAUCGUAGUCGGUUUACUGCAGGAAUCGAACUUUUUGUUACGGAGGUGACAGCCAAAUGCACUAACUACUAUGAUAUCAACACAAGUGUUUCAGUUCGUUUCACAUCAUGUAAUUUGUCCAUCUAGGUUAUAAAUGCUGGUUUAAGAUUAUUUACGAGAUGUGAAAACAGUGAUCAAGAUUGGUCGUUUAGAAUUAACGGAGAAGUAUGUAUAAGAUAUUGGUACAAAAUAAAUCAUAACAAUACAAGCUUCCGGAAAGUACAUCACCGUAGCUAUUGAGAUUCAUUAUUGAGAUGUUGGGCUGUAACUAUUAUCACAUACACGAAAACGAAGCUCUUAUAGCCAAAGUGACAUACAUUCCGCAAGGAUGAAUCAUUAAUGAUUCGCGAAUUCUAUUACCAGGCCCUCGAGACAAUUCUGCCGUUCCUCUCGAACAAACGUGUGAUUAACGUACCGCAAGAGGAUCUUGUUAGGAUACUGGUGGAUACAAGUCCUAAAGUCUCUCAAAUGACGACUGAAACAAAGUCCGCGCUUGGAAAUAUUGGUAAGUGGACUGGGACCUAGAAUACGUAAUGAGUCUGAUUUCAUUGAUUGCUGAUGACACUUGACUUGCUCAAUACUUAAUCAUUUCUUUGCUUGAAAAAUAUCCUUUUAAGAGAUUUUGGGAAAAAAUAGAAAUGUCGUCUGGUCACGUGACCAGUGACGUAUUUACCGUAACGAUAUUAAAACUCAAAAUUUCCAUAUUUUUACUUAAGACACUACAUCUGUUUUUCCAGGUUAUUACUCCAUACAUGCCAUAAUCCAGUAGUUGUAUGAACCCCUGUUGAUUGUGAUACAAUCUUAUGGACAUUUCUGUUCGUUGUUAGUUAAGCAUUUUAAACCGUUAACUUCCAAAAUGUACGUUUUAGGUCCUGGAUGCAUUAUUUUCUCGUACGAUCCAAAAACGAGGUACGCCUGGUAAACACAAGAUAUAUUUUUUGAUCAUUUUUUGCCCUUGUAAAUGCCAAUACUUCUGAAAUCAGGUUUCUACGCUGUCAAAAAAAAACAUGACUACUCAUAAUUCAGCGUCUUUUCGACAACCUUUCUCUCUAGAAAAGCGACUGACACAGUCAGUGUGAAAAUCGCUGUGUGUGGUUGGAGAAGUAGGACAGUUAUCUUACGAAGUUUGAUCGCCAAAGGAGACAGAAUGCAUUAUUUGCGGAUUGCUGGUUUCGCACCAGACUCGCCAGAAAUUCAGGGUAAGCGAUUUUGUCAGAUUUUGGGUCAGUUUUCUGCGCAAAACUAUUUUCUGAUUCACCUAAUGUGUGAGAUUCUUUCUUUAUAGCUCUUGUUUCCGAGCCGAAAGUUAGUUUGGAGGAGCCAUCGUUUCAAGUGGAAACAGAUUCACCUUCGAACGAUCAAGAAGAUGUAGCACCCCCGGAAGAUGUAGCAGCCCCGGAAUCUGACGACAAAAUUGAGAACCCCCCGGAAGAAGAGAUUUUAAAUGAUAAGAUAGAACCCAGUACUUCGUCUAAUGAUGUCGAGGUUGUAUGAUGUAGUGUGAUAGAUUGGUGUCAGCCAGUGCUGCGCAUGGUCGUCUGACGUCACAUUUAAGAGGGAUGACAGUUCUCAUAUUUAGUUGUGUGGUAAUUCCCCUCAAAAUCCUCUUUGAGGAGACUCCAUUUGGCUGCCUUACAACGAACUGGUUGUUGUAAAGAAGUUGAUUGCACAAAACAUUUUUACUCCUUUAUGAGAAUUUGGGUGGGUAUAUAAAAAGUGGUCCAUUUUGGACCUUUAGAAUAAUUAUAAAACACCCAAAAUUACAUACGUGGCACAAAGUCUGUGGUUUGAGUUUCAAUACGAGCGAAAUUCAAGAACGUCCUGCGGCGUUAUAGCCUGCGCUAGUGGGCAUUACCAGUUUGGCUUUUCCUAUAGUUUGGCUUUUUCUGGUGGGUCUUCCCAUUGUUAAUUUUAAUAUACUUCAAAAAUCAUGAGAUACUUUAAGACUAAAUUCAAAUGUGAAAAUACUGAAAGUUUAAUCAAUUAUUUUUUGGGUGUGAGAUCUUUAAUAUUCAACUAAUACUACAAUAGACACAAGAAACUGUUGGAAAGAACUGCCAUCACUGACUCACUGGAUAAAAGUAAAUCACUUUUGGUUUGACCCAGGAGUGAAAGAGGAAUUAUGUAAAGCUUGGUAAAGCAUGGUUGCCAAUUGUUUGGGACUGUCAUGACCAAUGUACUGGUGUGUUCAUGUAACUCUGCUGUCAGUAAACAGACUCUCAUACAGCAUACAAAAGACAAGAUCCAUGACUUGCUCACAGCCAUUGCAACCAAAUUUAAACCAAGCUUUAAAGAGGUAGGAGGUAGUCUAUUUGUGUCUAAUGUUUACUAACAAACUAACUAUAAGUUUUAGUUCAUGUUGAAGCUUAUUUCUUAAAAAACACUACUUGCCCUUAAUUAUAACACAGUUAACAAGUUUCAAAAACAAUCAUAAUGUUGCCUCGUUACACAACCUGGCUAUCUACAUUCAUAGCACUCCUGAUACAAAUGUUCAAAUAAUCAAAGCAUGCAAAAUUGCAGUUCAUUUCCAGACUCUGACUGUCAAUGUUUUGCAACAUCUUCUCAAUGUUCACUUAUUUUGCGUCAGGAAAAGUUGAUCCCUCCACUGGCUGAGCUGUUUUCAUGUUUUCUUUUUGUGUCAUUAAUCUGUAAUGUUCAAAGAAAAUUAAUGAAAAACAUUG